AAGGCAAGGUCCCUCAAAGCUAUCAAGCUACUUGUACGUCAAAGACAUGGUACAUACGCACGACUUAGUUAAUAGUGUACAAUAUACAAAUGGACUGAAGUAUCCGUUAAUUACACUUAUGAAUGAGCAGCAGAUUGAUGAUUUAAAACGUUUUUGUGCAACUGGCAGAACAGUUUUGGGCGUCAAUAAAACGUAUGAUCUGGGUGGUUUCCGGGUGACGCCCACUGUUUAUAAAGAUCUGUCUGUAGUACGUACAACAACACGAGAACAUCCGAUCACUUUCGGCCCAACGUUCAUUCACACGGAUUCAAGUUGGCUGACAUACAAUAAAUUCUUCCACGGCAUUGAUAUCAAUCUUUCAUUAGAUGACUUGAAGGAUGAAUUCAUUGAUGACUUGAGUAAACUAGUUAUAGGCUCCGACGAAGAUGAAACUUUAAAAGAAUCAAUACGAAGAUGUUUUCGUAGGUCCACACACACACUUUGCACGCAAAAUCUACAGGAAAAUACCUUGAAUUACAUGGAAAAGAAAGUAGGAUAUUCAAAGUCAAAUCGACAACGCAUAACAUCAGCAAUUUACGGUGAAGAUGGACUUUUAUUCGCGGGUGAUACAGACACUUUUGACUUCAGAUUAGAAAAACUCAAAGAAAAAAUAGCUUCCCUUGAUUCGAAAACUCGGAAAAAAUUUAUGCCGUACUUCAAUGAUAAGCUACUUCCAUUGUUGACUGAAUUUGUUAUCAAUCCAGCAAACGACGACAAAAUUCAACGCGGGUGGACAAAUAACAAGUGCGAAUCAGCAAACCAUAUUUUCAAUACUGAGUGGAGACUUAAAGAUGUUCCUACAUUUAUCAAUAUGUUUGGUGACAUUGUCAACCGAGAUCGUAUCGAGAGAAGCGGCGCAAUUCAUGGUAUGGGCGGUUACGAACUUUUUGAUCCAAUUCUUCACCACAAGGUAGAUUCAGACAAAAGGCCAAACGUGUCCGAAGAUGAAUUAAACCGAAACGUCAUUGUUCCAACAAAUGGUCUCAGAACACUCAGAAAAACACCUACUGCUGGAAAAAGAGCAAACCAAGGUAAACGUAAACGAGUAGGAAGAUCGCAUUCAAGAACCAGUUCCGAAAACCAUAUAGUGGUGGCAUAGUUGGAAUUAUUUAAGAGGCAAAAGACAAGCCCAAGCUUGAUUGCAGUAGGAAGAAAGCGCCAUGACAAUGUUUUUUCAUAGAAUGUGAUUCAUUUAGCAAAUAUUUGCAGGAAGUGCUUCUGGACGUUGUGUUGACUUUGAUAUUGAGUGUACAUUAUAAGCCGACUUUAUCGGAUACUAUACAUACUGCAUAUCUUCCCUUGCUUAUUUCUUGUAUAAAUUUGUAAAUAUUUUAUGUUGAAAUCUGUAAUGUUGUCAUGUCCUUACGUUUAUGAAUGUCUGUAUAAUCUUUUAUUGUGUCGCAUUAUGUUCAAAUGUAAACACGUUUAAUUCAUUAUUUGCUAUUACUAUGUGUUUUCAUUACAUGUUGUAUAUCACCCUAUGAACUUUUAACA